AGUCAACUUUGGAGGGGUAUAUCUCUAUGCAUAUUUGGAGUUUUAAGGCGUUUCAAAAGCCUAAAAUGAAGUUCGUCAAGUCUAGUUUAUGAUUCAACAAACCACUCAUCGAUAGGACGUCGGAGUAGAGAAUUAUAGACGCUACAAACUGAACUGUCGCGCAGAAACAGCACUGCUACAGUACGCUACAGCACUGCUACAGUACUGUAGCUACAGUGACGCCGUUUCAGCCCUUAUAAAAAGGGGCAAAACCCCAUUUUUAUCAUCUAAAAACUUCUCAAAUUUUCCAGAAAAUUCAGCAACAAAAAGGGGCCUAAAUCUCACAUAAAAGUGAGGAUUGUGAGUGAAAUUUCAAGCUACGAAGUACUAAUCGAAGUCCGGGCAACGCAUAAUCACGAAUAUAAUUUUGUUUGGAGUUAGAGGAGCAUGGGAACAAUAAGAUGUUGAAGGAUUUGCUACUUUCAUAAAAACAAGGUUUUGGACGAAACGGGAUUUGAGUUUUGGCAAGCGUAAAGGGCAAGAAAGGUACAGACUACAGAUUUGCUGACCCACCUGCCUAGGACACCUAUUCUGCUAUUCUGGAGCGCUCUUUUGUCCAGAGCCUAUACUCUGAUUUCCCAAGUCAUAUCUACCAGACAGAAGUAGAUGUUUGCUUCACAGCUUUUGAGAAUACUUCAGACUCUACCAACUGAUGCAGACCACGGAGGCUGCAUCCUUGACACACCUGACGAAAAGGGUAUCAUGAAGGACAAUCAGAACGGGGGCUUAAGUCGCUCAAAUCGCUACAAGGAAGCAAAUUCUUUAGCCUUUCCAACAGAAGACUUUCUUGAUUCAAAUGAAUAUGGCAGUCGUAAAGAAACAUUGGCAUGUGACACAAAAGAUAGGGAUAACUUAUGGAAGGUUUCAGAACUUUAUGAAUCUGUAUUUUUCGACGAUAUUUCCAGAAGCAACAACGAUAAAACUAGAGCUUCAACUGUGGAGAAUGAUCUGAAUGAAGCCUUGCCCAACACAAUCACUUCCAGGAGAUACGGAAAUCCGUUUGCAUAUGAUACAAAAGAUAGAGAUCAACAAUGGAACACUCCAGAAUUUGAGUGCUCAGUGAUUUGUGAUUUCCUUGAUGAGAAAGAAAAUGGAUCUGUGGUCUCUGAUGCUCCAUUUAUUGAGACAGACACAAAGUUAUAUAGCGAGAAGCAUAUUAAGGAAUAUGAGUUGCCUGAAUUGAUUGUUUGCUAUAAAGAAAGUAACUAUAACAUUGUUAAAGACAUAUGCGUGGACAUGAGCAUACCUGUGGCAGAUAAAAUUCUAACUGAAAGUUGGAACAAUUCUCAACCAGGUACAUAUGUUUCUAUACCGGCUGAUGAAGACCAGCACAGCAACACAUCGGAAAGUGCUGAUAUUGAAUCGUGCUCUGCAGGUGGAUCUAAAUCAUCUGUAGAAUAUGAAAACAAUGAAGAAGAGUAUACUGAGUCACCCUUUCCUAAUGGUUUGAAUCCCACCUCAGAAGAUAAUGUAAACGAAGAUGCUGACACGGAUACUUAUCUGGAGGAUUUGAUACUGAUUUUUGGACCAAAAUCUACAACAAGGUGGAAAUAUACUAAUCUAUCUGAAAUUGAUUCAUCUGCGGAAGAGUCUAGCAUUGAGAAUUCUCACCAAUCUAAUUUUGAUAGUGAUCAAACUGCCCGGCAGCCUGAUCUGAUUCCUAAUGAGGAAGCAGCCCUAGAAAGCCAAAAUGCAGUAUCAGCAGUCAAUAAUGAAGCAGACAACAGUGUGCCAGCUACCGACUUAUUCUACAACAGCGAGUUUGGAACUGAAGCAAUUAUUUUCGACUUCAACUCAACUAAGCCUGCAUCAACUAGCAACAUGGUGGACCAAGGACUCGAAAACUUUCCUGAACCGUCCCUCAGAUUAGAGGCCAGUACCGGUCACGAGGAUGGUAGCUGUAAUAGUCUCUCAGAUGCCAGUCAAGUGCAUAUGUAUAACAGUAACAAUGUUCGUGGACAAUACCUUGAAUCCCAAGAUGUGGCGAAUCUUGAGGAUAAAUCAUUGGGCGGUCUCCUACUUGAUAGUCAUGGUCAGUUUGCUGACGGGGAGGCAAGUUUUUCUGCAUUAGGACCUGAUAUUGUUUACUCGGGGCGUAUGUCAUAUUGUGAGAGCAGUUCUCUUGGAUCAGAUGGAAGCACAACUAGUACCGGAUCCUUUGCCUUCCCAAUCUUACAAUCUGAAUGGAACAGCAGUCCAGUAAGAAUGGGGCAGGCAGAAAGCAGUCACUUUCGGAAACACAGACGUUGGAGGCAGGGCAUUCUCUGUUGCAGAUUCUAACAUUCUUCUAGUUAUUUUUAUAGGAUUGUUAGUUCAAAAAUACAUCACUUAACCUUAACAUAAUGAUUCUUGCUUAAUGCAAGUAUACAUAGCCAACUAGCCAUAUUCUCCACAAAUGGGAAGCGUGGUAGGUUUACAGGUCUUCUUUCAGUUUUGUGGUCUUAAAGAUUGAAUGAAUCAAAUGUAAAACCUUUUUGUCACAUUUUUUGCUUCCUUAUUUCAUCGAUCAU